UACUGCUCAGUGGCACAUCCUAGAUGACAGUUCAUUCGUCCCUGUGGAGAGUACUGAAGGCCCUCAUAGUCCUUGUGUCAUUGGCAAAUGACCGAAGAUGUCUCUUACUUGUAGACUGUUUUCCCGGUUAUUGCUUGUACAACAGAAUGGAGUAAGGCAUUGCUCUUAUGCAGCUACACGGCAAAAUCUGUAUAUUACAAAGGACACUAAGGUCAUUUGUCAGGGCUUUACUGGCAAGCAGGGAACCUUCCAUAGCCAGCAGUCGUUGGAAUAUGGUACCACCCUAGUAGGAGGUGUAUCCCCAGGAAAGGGAGGCCAAAAGCAUUUAGACCUGCCAGUCUUCACUACUGUAAAAGAGGCAAAAGAAGCCACAGGAGCGCAGGCUUCUGUUGUCUAUGUUCCUCCUCCAUUUGCUGGUGCUGCAAUUAUUGAAGCAAUAGAUGCAGAAAUUCCACUUGUAGUUUGUAUUACUGAAGGUAUUCCACAGCAAGACAUGGUAAGGGUUAAACACAAACUGGUUCGACAGAACAAGACACGACUUGUUGGCCCAAAUUGUCCAGGAGUAAUUAAUCCAGGAGAGUGCAAAAUUGGUAUUAUGCCAGGCCACAUACACAAAAAAGGAAGAGUAGGUAUUGUCUCAAGGUCAGGGACUCUAACAUAUGAAGCAGUUCACCAAACUACACAGGUUGGAUUGGGACAAUCUCUUUGUAUAGGUAUAGGAGGUGAUCCUUUCAAUGGCACAAAUUUCAUUGACUGUUUAGACGUCUUCUUAAAGGAUCCUAAAACGGAAGGCAUUAUUUUAAUUGGUGAAAUUGGAGGCAGUGCAGAGGAAAAUGCGGCAGAGUUCUUGAAGGAACAUAAUUCUGGUCCUGAUGCCAAGCCAGUAGUGUCCUUUAUUGCAGGAUUGACUGCUCCCCCGGGCAGAAGAAUGGGACAUGCUGGUGCAAUUAUUGCUGGAGGCAAAGGUGGUGCCAAAGAAAAGAUUGCUGCCCUUCGACAAGCUGGUGUGGUCAUCAGCAUGUCUCCUGCUCAGCUGGGUAGCACCAUGCACAAGGAGUUUGAAAAGAGGAAAAUGCUUUAAGAAAUCUUAAAGGAAAGUGCACCGCAACCACACACAAACUGCAACAUGUGCGUGUGCCUCUACCAUCUACUAAAUUUUGGUUGCUCAAGUGAACAAUACUGUAUAUCUCGUUAAAGCUCCAAAGCCAUAAACGUAUUUUUUCAUUUCCUUGGUGAGAAACUUGUAAUUGUAAAUUUAUAUAUAUUAAUAAAUAUAGUCUUUAAUUUGAAUUAUGAUUGCUCCAGAAUUUCAUUAAAGUAAGAAACAUAAAGACAUAUGAAUCCUUAGGGCCCCCUCUGUGUUUCUUGUGUUUUUGUUGUUUCUUACGGAAUGUUUAAACUUAUGCAAGUCUUAGAAGACCCAAGUCCUAAACUUCAGUACAGGGAAAACAUGAAUGAACUCAUAAGUUCUCAUUCCUAGCUUAACACAGAUCAUGGGUAAUGUCACAUAAAUUUGAGUGGGUACUUCCAUUCAAACACUGGUUGUACCUUAUUUUAUAUUUGCUGUUUGAAUUUAAAUGAAUUUCACAGAAGGAAAAAAUCAUGACGUUGUAGACUAAUAAACUUGAAACAGAAUAAUUGAAAUAAAAUGAUUUUGAGAAA